AUGUUGUCUGUCAGUGCACCCCCACUACCACUACCUCAACAACAGCAACAGCAACAGCAACAACACCUACAAUCGAUCGACAUGUCGCCAGAGACAUCCAUUGGUGUGGUUGCCCUAGCAAUCAAUAAUAAAUGUGACGAUCCACAACCACCGCAAGGAGUGGACGACGCAAUAGACAACGACUACGACAACACAAACAGCAACAACAUCAACAACAACAUCAACAACACCAUUUAUUCAUUAUCACCAUCAAUGUCAACAUCAACAAUAGCUAGUUCGACUUCGAUAGAGAAUAUAGUCGAGUGUUCGGACAUUAGCAGCAAUAGUGGCCGCGGCAGUAUCGGCAGCAAUAGGAGUAGAAGUCGUAGCAGUAGUGGCAGUAGUAGUGCCGCCACUCUGGACAAUACUGCGGCCGCCAUUCCUGACGCAGCGAUGGCCGAGCAGCAACAACAGAAGGAUGUGAAUGCCUUGGUGGCGUUGGCCAUUAAGCGUUCUGUGAAACGUGCCGCCAAUGGUGGCGGAUCAUUCCUCAACUCGACUGGCAAUUUUGUCAACAGCUGCCUAUCAUUCCUACUGCGCACCUAUACCAUCAGACGGUGGAUUGAGAAGUUGUUGGAGUUGGAGUUGCCAGAUGGCACGCAGCUGUUUGGAAGCCUGGGCGAUGGUGUCAUCCUGUGUCGCCUGAUGCUGUCUGUAAAGGCCAACUCUAUUCCAAAGAUUCACACUGGCACAUCACUGAACUUUAAGAUUCGCGAGAACUUCCUCUUCUUUACACAGGCAAUGGAGGACAUUGGAGUGUCCCGUUUCUACCAAUUCACAGUGUCCGAUCUGCAUGAGAGGAAGAACUAUAUCAAGGUGCUAGAGUCACUCGAGGUGUUUGCCGAUAUGGCCAGCAAUGAAUUGCUGACCAAACAACCAGAGAAGACCAUUGACCCGCUCACCGAUGAGCAGGCCGCCACCAUCCAAUUCACAGAGCAAGAUAUUGCCAGCGCAGAGGCACACCUGAAGCGUUUGAAUGUCAACCGUCUUGCUCGACAGCCUUGUCGCAAGUCAACAGCAACAAAGGACCAACCAAAACGCCAAUCCAAGUUGGUUCCACUCGUUCAUCAGUCACUGCCAAACCUGUCAUCAACAUUGGUGAGCUCUACCUCAUCAUCAUCAUCUCCAAGUGGAUCACCUUAUAAGUCGAUACUCAAGAACAAGUCUGCAUCCCAACUAUUGACACCAGGACAGAUACUUCUCAAGGCUAGACCAUAUGAGAAGAAAUGGAUCAAGGUACAGGCACUGGUACGAGGACAUUUGGCGAGGAGGGACUUCCACAAACGAGUUCGCAACUCUGCAUACAGACAUAAUAUAGCGGAUGAGCUGUUGGCCACCGAGGAGAUGUACAUCAAACAUUUGGACCGUCUCAUCGUUCACUACUUUGAGCCGAUUCAAGAGCAGGCCACACGUAUCGGCAUCAAGGCAACAAUGCUAGAGGAGUUCAAGAAGAUAUUCUCCAACAUUGAAGUGAUCAGGAACUACAACAGUUCCCUCUUGGCAGACCUCAAGCCAGUCAUAGAGAACUGGUCCAACUCCAAAACAAUUGGAAAGAUAUUCAUUCAGUUCAUAUUCCUUCUAAAGGUGUAUACACAGUACGUCAAGGAGUUCACUCAAACCUUUGAGACAAUCAAGAAUAUGCGCAAGAACAAUCCCAAGUUUGAUCAAUGCAUUACCGAGCUUGAGGACAUGGACUACAAACACAUCAAUGAUUAUCUCAUUCUUCCAGUCCAAAGGAUACCCAGAUAUACAUUAUUGUUGGCCGAUCUUGUCAAGAACACAUGGCCAGACCAUCCUGACUAUCAAGAUCUCACUGAAUCACUAAAGAGAAUGCAGGAUGUUGCAAUGUCCAUCAAUGAGAAGAAGAGAGAGGCUGAGAAUAUCCAAAAGGUCUCAGAGAUACAGAGUAACUUUGUUGGAAAGUUCGAGAACCUGGCAGAGCCACAUCGAAGGUUCGUCCAUGAGGGUCCUUUGUGUGUAGUGGCCGCCAGCGGCAAGGAGUCACAACGAAUAUUCUAUCUGUUCAAUGAUGUAUUGGUCGGAGCAAAGUCUACCACCAGUGGUUUGCUGCGCAAGGAUGGAAGGAAGGUAAAGGAGUCCAUCAGAAUGAAUCUGGUCACUGUCAAGUUAAUGGUCAAGGAGGUGCCUAUUUGUCCAGCCAAGCCACCACCUCCAAAGGUUUCACCAAGAUCACACCUUAACCAACUACCAGCACCCAUCUCUCCUCAUCAAUCAUCACCUUCUACAACCACCGCGGUGGGUGGUACCUCAGCAUUGUCUUCAGCACCAGUGUCCCUAGAGAACCCACACAUCAAGGUGUUUACCAAACCUCUGCCACCAUCCAAGAUGCGCACUGUGACAAAUCAAUCAAAUGGUCAACAGACAUUGACCCGACAGUCAGCUCCACCCUCCACACCCUCUUCCUCAUCCAAGCCACCUCUUGUCACACAAUCAAGUCGAAGCAGGACAUCAACAAACUCUCCCACUGGUAUACCACCAUUACCAAAGCAGAGGUCACAAACUUUAGUCUCGCCACCCCCAUCACAAAUCAACAAACCAACGGCACAGUCAUUGACACCACCUCGCCCAUCACACUCGGCUCUUACACUGUCUGCGAAUCGUUCCCCCAUGACAUCACCAUCUAGUCCAUCACAGGUCAGUCCCAUCAUGUCACCAAGUGGCCAAUCUGCUCAGUCCCUACAGCUCUCUCCAUUGAACGACAAUACUACCACCAAGCAACCAGACCUGAUCAUCGAGCUGGUUGAUUCUUUUGGUGCCUGUAUCCUCAGGCUACUCUGUCCAAACUUGAAAGACAAGGAAGCAUGGCUAGUGGAGUUCAAGAAGGUUCAAGAAGACUUGGAUAACAAGAAGUUGGUCAACGAAGAGGCAAUGAAGAGAUCACAGGAAAAGGCAGGGUUUGCAAAGGCUGCCCUCAGUCAACAGUACGCCACCCUUCGAUUCCGUGGCAAACACCUGGCGCUUACAGACAUACAAAAGUCAAUGGAGGAUGCGGACAACAAGUCUGUUGAACAAGUGGACCAGCAGCAGACAACAACUGCGGCUCCUCUCCCCAUCGGCUUUGCCAGUCCCAAGGUAGAGCGUGACUUUAUGACCCUCAGGAAGCAGACGAUUGGUAGACGAUCACAACAGACAACAAAGAUCACAGGAUCAUUGUUUGAACCGCUGGAUAGCAAUCCUACUCCACCACCAUCAUCAUCAUCCUCACAGUCCACCCCGCCAUCCACCAAAUCCUCAGCCACUUCAUUGGAAGUAAUCAACUCGAGAAGCAACAACAACAACAAAGAGUUACUGUUACCAUCGACAACAACACUUGACACUGCAUCCGCAGCGGAUGAGUUGGUGGCAUCCAACACAAUGGGCAAUAACAAGAAGUCUGGAACAGUUUCAUCAUGGUUUGCAACACUUCGAUUCAAAAAGAAGAAGCCUGCAUCUCAAUUUGAUAGCAGCGGCACUGUUGGCAACAGCACUCAGAUUACUGAUCACCACUCACCAUAG